CAGCUGCUUGUGUUGGGUCUUCCUUGGAGCUUGGAGUUCUCUCUACCGGUGAGGUGGAGCAAGCCAAGCCCUUUUGGGAGCGUCUGUCUGUCGGUUCGCUUGGCAUUUAGGGCUUGUCAACCGACCUUCGCAUAACUCUAAAAUCAUGGCAUCUGCCGUCAGAUUCAGUCGUUUGUUUCUCGCCAAAAACACCUUGGCGCAAACUUGCAGGAGUGGACCAGUGUGUGAGGGGGCUACCAGAGUAAUGCUAACUCGAAGUAUGGUUUCCUCGGCGUCAGGGGGGAUUUUACCCAAACCUGUGAAGGUUCCCUUUGGUUUGAUCCGUAUGACAGCUGUGGUUGUCCCCUUCCUGUAUGUGGGUACGCUGAUCAGCAAGAAUUUCGCUGCCCUGUUGGAAGAGCACGACAUAUUCGUUCCUUCGGAUGAUGACGACGACGACUAAUCGCCUGAUAUGAUCCCUCUUGCCAUCAUUUCAUCGUGGUGGUCGAGGGACACAGAAGAUGCCAGCCAAGCCAUAAGACCGGAUCACAGCUGUUGUUUACAUUUCUCUACUCUUCCACUUUACCAGAGGGGUAAUUCCAUGAAGCUGGUUUAGUGAUAAACCAGGUUAAGUUCACCUGGAGUUGGUGGUAAAUCACCUAAUAGAGGAGCCUUGAGUACCCAUUUUAUUCACUAAAUGAUGCACGUAGGCUAUCUUUUAGCAGGUUUACCACAUUCUGUAGGCUUACCUUAGCCUGGUUUAUUACUUUUCAGCCUGGUUUAUUACCAUGUUCUUGGAAUACACCAGAGAGGGGGACUAGGCGUUUACUGUUGACAAAGAGAGUACAUAUCUAUGUGAGGUCAUAUCCUGUCUCCUGUCCUCACUCUUCUUUGCAUGAACAUAUUAAGAAAUAUAUCACUUUUUUUUAUUUCUAACUUUUAUUUUUUUCUCUUAUGAGAAGGUGACUGUGGAGAUGUGUCAGUCUGUUUUUAAAAUAAAAGAAAUACCUUCAACUUA